UAAAUUCGACUGUUUAAGAUCAAGGCGAAGGUGUGCGCUAACAACAGCUAGCUAAUGUUAGCUAAAUGGCAACUCGCUACUGUUGUGACCAACGGAAAACAACAUAGAGCCCGAUAUUUCUGAGCUAGCGCUGUUUUAUUUCCUCGAAACAACUCUUACCUGACUUUAAAAUGGUUAUAGACGACGUCCAGUUCUUUUCCAUCUUGAAAGGAAAACGCAUCAAACUGACCCUCAGGACUGGGUCGUAUUUGGGAGUAGUCCAACGCAUCAAUCCCAACAAAACCUUGGUUUUAGCUAACGUAAGUAGCAGUGAUGGCUCCAGGUUCCCUGGAACAAAAGUGUUCUUUGGUCAUGAGAUUCUGAAUGUGGAAUUUACUCAAGAAGCAAACCGUGACGAUGGAAACACUCAUCAGCACAAACUGAAAGAGCAACUGAAAGUAGAAAAGUUUCAGCCAUACAGGAAGACAAUCACAUUGGAUGAUGAUGAUGAUGAUGAUGAAGCGGAAUAUAUCAACUUUGAAGUCAUCGAUGAGAUUCAUGAGAAGUUUAUACCCGCUGUAAUGCACAUCAAGAGACAGCAUGUGAUUGGUGUGGGAGCUGAAGGAGUUGAGGUGUUUCAGAAUGGAAGACUGUGUUGGCUGCAGAUUGCCACUAAAAAGAAGGUGUACCUAUUUGAUGUCCUUUUACUUGGCGCUCGAGCAUUUAAAAAUGGGCUCUCCAUGAUCCUGGAAAGUAGGCACAUCUUAAAGGUCAUUCAUGAUUGCAGGGCCAUUGCUGGAUGUCUGAUCGCUCAGUUUGGAGUGAAACUAGCCAACAUCUUUGACACUCAGGUACAUUGCAUUCAUUUCCUGAUUUUAUUUGAAUGUUUUAAGGUGGCAGAUGUCAUGAGCUUCUACUCAGAGACUGGAGGUUUCCUUCCCGAUAGAGUCAGUAGUCUCCAGGAGGUGGUUAGUCUCCAUCUGAAGGUGCCGUCCUCCCAGCUCUCCACUCUUCAGAUAAAGUCACAGCUCACCAAGGAUGAGAGGGAGAUUUGGUACAAGCGGCCCUGUCCUGUACCCCUGCUGAAGGUGAUGGCUGUGUCAGUGAUUCACCUCCAGCCUCUCAGACUGGUGCUGCUGGACGCGCUCAUGACCGACUACAUGGCUCUGGUGGAUUCCUACCUCAACAGCAGCCACUAUGAACCUGAUGAAGUGGAGCAUGUCAGCAUGGAAAGUGCUUUGGAGUUGCCCAGAGAGCUCAGGCAGCUGGAUCUAAUCCGUAGCGAGCGGCAGGAAUGGGCUGCGGGCCACUAUCCUGUCACAGAGCAGGGUCUGCUAGCUCGCUUCAGCCCCAAACCUCAGUCUUCAUCCCAGACCUCACCCGCUGGAGAGGAACGUAGUGAGACACGACCAGACGCCCUUGAACCUGCCACUGUGGAAUCACCCUCAUCACUGCAAGUGGACCUUGGUAUCACCCAACCAGCCAUGAGCCCUUUGAAAGUCGCCCGUGUUUCUUCUGUGGAUGUCCAUGCUUCUUCCAACCUGGAAGCCCAGCCUCUGGUCCCAGCCACUGUGUCAGACCUCAAGAAACAAAUGUCUCCGUCUGCAAGUGAGGACAGAGGAUGCACAGAAGUACUAAUGGAUAUGAUGAGUAGAGGAAGGCCUUUUGGGAAAGAGUCAUGCAACCCAACUUUACCUUCAGCAGGAAGAGGCUUCCUUCUCCAGAUGCCACCAGCUCAGGUCCCCUUCUCGGAUCCGAGGCAUUUGCAUUGGGGGCAUCAGAAGUCCAGCUGGGAUGAAGAUGUUUCCUCCAAAGCCGAGACGUACACUUACACAGGAAACAAUGCAGUAGUCUGACUGCCAUGAUGAUGACCUUCCCAAGGACAGUCGGUCUCCUCUUCACUCACAGACAUGCUUUACAGAUGUUUGCUUUCAUACUUUGGUAUUCCCCAGAGUGACCAGUAGAGGUCAGUAAAUAUUCUAUUUUUGGAAAGGUUUGUUUGAUGUCGGGUGUUUCUUAAGUCAUUUAUGUUGAAACAACAAGAUUCUUUUGUUUGUACUGCAAGUUUAAACACAGGAUUUGUGUUGUUUGUUAUAAAAGCUGUUCCUGUCUGUUCCUC